GUCGAUAUAUCUCAAUCGCAAUUAAAUAGAUGUACUUCAGUAUAUAAAUAAAAUAAAGUAAAAUAAGUAAAUCUGCUGGAAUAUGCAUUCGCGCUAGCCAAAAACAAUUGGAAAAUGUGUGCGGGACACCCAAGUCGAAUGUAGACCAUAAUUUGUGCUGGCUUUGGUGACAAGGGACCACAAAACUGAUAAACCCGAAGCCGACGCCCACUGAACUCUGUUUCCUGCACAGGAGUGUAGCUUUGGAUAAAAUCAAAUUGGACACUUUAGAUAGGCCGCCAGCGAACCCUACGUGUAAGCGCAAUGUCACAAGUAAUACCCAACACGCCCACACCCCAAAUGCUGACGACAUCAACGCCCAUAGAACCCAUGAAACCACCACCACCAGCGUUUCCCACGCUAGGCGGCGCAAACAUUCACGAACAGGCGUCUGAUAUGAUACUACGGGCGUCAACUAUUUUCGGGGACCUAAAGCAUGACGACGCGAAUCUGGAGAACGUUCCCCACGGAAUUGAGACUGAGCCAGAAGAGGAUUCGCCAUAUGGCGGGAACGGAAGCUCCAAAAUCCGGAUAAUGCCCAGUGUGAAACUUAUGGCUACUCCGCUCGCCUCCGAUCCAAAGCGCAAGUUUGUCUGCCCGUAUGAUAAUUGUACAAAGAGCUAUGGCAAGAGCUCGCACCUGCGUUCCCACCUCACCUGGCACACGGGUAUCAAGCCUUUCGUCUGCAGCGAGCCCAAGUGCGGCAAGGGAUUCACGCGCUCCGACGAGCUCAACCGGCACCUGCGGACGCAUACCGGCGAGAAGCCUUUCGAAUGCAUCCAGUGCACCAAGAAGUUCUCACGCAGCGACCACCUCACCAAACACCUGGCCACCCACGACCGCCAGCUGAAGGGCAGCACGCCGAAGAGAUCGGUGCCUAGCGGCGGAGUCCGACUUAAGCCCUCUAAGAAGCACUCUCAGUCAGAGUCUGAUUCGGGAUUUCACUUCAUGGCGGCGAUGGUCACAUGUGAAGAUCCUAGCAUGGAGCACCACCAUCAGCAGCAGCAGAAUCAGCACCACCAACCCGCGGAUAUCUAUGACCAGCACAAACCCCUAAAAAUCAAGUUGGAGCGACCGGAGCACAGUGACAAGUACCAGAUCGUGGCCCCAGAGCACCAGCAUCAGAAUCAGGGACAAGAGCAGAGCCAGCUACCAUCUUUUCUUAACCAGGCUAAGCCCGAGGUGAAAUAUGAACCGGCAGACGAAAUGGUAAAUACCCUUUCUCAGCUACCGCCGGCGGACGGGCCGGGCACUUAUGGGAUGCCACAGUUCGUCCAAGAUCGGCCAUUCCGUUGCCGACAAUGCGAGAAGCGGUUUAAGCGGCAAGACGACCUCAACCGGCACAUACGAACGCACACCGGCGAGAAACCCUACGCCUGUCCGCAGUGCUGUCGCCGAUUCGUGAGGAGCGACCACUUGAAAAAGCACCAGCAGACGCAUUUAAAAAUACGAUAGUUUCUUAGAUUUACUCCUUAAGUCGCUAGCCAUUGGCAUCCAAUUUAUAAUGGCUAAACAACGGGCGUGUGUUGGGUGACACACACAGUACAAUAAACUUAAAUAAAUUCGCAAUCUAACAAUAUUCCUAUGCAAGAUCUACGCUGGCUCUUAAAUCUCAAUUUGUAUGUAUGUAAAUAGCUAAUAUGGAAUUUUAAUUUUAACUUUAAUUGUUUUGUGUUUGCCAGGACAUAAAGGUAUAUUUUUUGGCUACUGUGUUCCCCGAAUCCAUUAAUAAAAAUUAUUGCUGUAAAA